AUGCUCGCCAGAAAUUCGUUCCGCUUAGGAGGCAUAACUCGAUCUGCUGUUGUUGCAAGGAGAUUGAUAUGUUUCGAUCUGACAGACACUCAAAAAGAAAUCCAAGCCACCGCAUUGAAGUUCGCAAAGGAGGAGCUCAUUCCAAAUGCGAGCAAGUAUGAUGAAUCAGGCGAAUUCCCAUGGGAUAUGGUGAAGAAGGCGCAUUCGCUUGGUCUGAUGAAUCCGCAAAUCCCCGAGAAAUACGGUGGUCCCGGAAUGUCCACUUUGGAUACGGCUCUGAUAGUUGAGGCUCUAGCCUACGGAUGCUCUGCAAUUCAGCUGGCCAUAAUGGGACCCUCACUUGCUAUAGCUCCGGUAUACGUCUCAGGAAAUGAGGAGCAAAAGAAGAAGUACCUAGGCUGCUUGGCAGCAGAGCCUAUAAUAGCGUCAUACUGUGUGACAGAGCCUGGUGCUGGAUCGGAUGUGAAUGGAGUAAAAACUAAGGCUGAAAAGAAAGGCGACGAGUACAUUUUGAACGGACAGAAAGCCUGGAUCACUGGAGGAGGUCAUGCGAAAUGGUUCUUCGUACUCGCUCGUUCCGAUCCGAAUCCCAAAACACCAGCAGGAAAAGCGUUUACCGCCUUUGUAGUAGAUGGUGAUACCCCUGGAAUCGUAAGAGGGAAAAAGGAGAAGAAUAUGGGACAGCGAUGUGCCGAUACUCGGGCCAUAACGUUUGAGGAUGUUCGCGUGCCUAAAAGCAAUGUUCUAGGUAGCGAAGGAUCAGGUUUUAAGGUUGCAAUGAGCGCUUUUGAUAUGACCCGACCUGGUGUAGCAGCGGGUGCUGUGGGUCUAUCAUGGAGAGCACUAGAUGAAGCUGCUAAAUAUGCUCUUGAGAGAAAGGCUUUUGGAACCGAAAUCGCUAACCACCAAGCAGUACAAUUUAUGCUCGCAGAUAUGGCUGUGAACCUCGAGCUUGCUCGUCUUGCUACGUAUAAGUCAGCUUGGGAUGUGGAUCAUCAGGUUCGAUCUUCCUACUACGCUUCUAUAGCAAAACGAUUUGCUGCAGAUACAGCUCAAGAAGCUGCUACCAAUGCUGUUCAGAUCUUUGGUGGAAAUGGAUUUAAUUGCGAGUAUCCAGUAGAAAAGCUAAUGCGCGAUGCUAAGAUCUAUCAAAUCUACGAAGGAACGAGUCAAAUUCAACGCGUCGUUAUCGCCCGUACCCUACUCACACAUUUCCAACAAAACCAGACCUGCCGCAUGAACUAGAUUACCUCAGUAAUAAAUGCCGAAUAAAUUAUUGGAUUUUCGUUUGCCAACAAGCAUUCACCGAUUACCAUUGAUGAGCACACAACUGCUGUCAGUGAUUAUCGUUGAGUUCGAUCUCAUGAGAUAAUUAGAAUGUUGUGAUCGUUCCAGCAGUUGACAAAUAUCUUACUCUAAUGGAAACAAAAGGUGCGCAACGUCAUUUGCUUCUAAACAGUUCACACUCGAAGAAAAAUUCUCAAUUUGCCCUUCGAUCCCAAAGAUCGAAUGGAAAGGACAUGAGAAAAACUAUCCAAGAUCAAAAUUUGGACAUGCUUAGUUUAUAUUUGGUUGGCAACCGCCAAAUGCUACAAUUGUUCGUCUGUUGAUAUUUUGUGCCGAC